AUGAAGAAAGAAAGAGAUGCUUUACAGGAUUUCCAAGUUCAACUAAUCCAUUCCGAUGGAUUAAUUGGACAAUUAUAUUUUUUCUCACUAGAACUGAAAACCGCUUUCGAUGCAUUCGACCACCAAAAAAAUAACACCAUCCAAACCUCAGACAUCGCUACAAUUGUAAACAUGAUGGGAAUAGAGUUAGAAAACCCUGCAGACUUAGACAACGCCAUCAUGGAAGUUGAUACCUUCGGAAGCGGGGAAGCUAAAUUCGAUGAUUUCUGCGCGAUAGUCGCAAGAUUUAUGGAAGAAGACGUCGAUGUUGAAACUUUGAAAACAGAAUUGAAAGAAGCCUUCCGGCUUUAUGAUCGUGAAGGAAACGGAUAUAUCACCACUGAAUGCUUCAGAGAAAUUCUCAGUGAAAUUGACGAAAAUCUGAAUGAUGACGAGCUUGACAUGAUGAUUGAAGAAAUUGAUGCUGACGUGAAAGGUGUUUAUGUAAAUUAUUUAUUUUUUCCACAGGAAGACUUGACUAAGGAUCAAAUUGUCCUAUUAAAAAAGGCGUUCGAUGCAUUCGACCACGAAAAAAAAGGAUGCAUCGGCACAGACAUGGUCGGAACAAUUUUAACGAUGUUGGGCCACGAGCUGAGUGAGAACACGCUUGCUGAGAUUAUCGCGGAGGUUGAUGAAGAUGGUUCCGGGGAGCUGGAAUUUGAGGAAUUUUGUACCUUGGCGGCUAGAUUUUUAGUAGAAGAGGACACCGAGGCAAUGCAACAAGAACUGCGCGAGGCAUUCCGGCUUUAUGACAAGGAGGGAAACGGUUACAUAACCACCGAGGUCUUUCGCGAUAUUCUCCACGAGCUCGAUGACAAAUUAACGAACGAGGAACUCGAUUUAAUGAUUGAAGAAAUAGACGCCGAUGGCUCGGGGACACUCGACUUCGAUGAGUUUAUGGAAGUGAUGACUGGAGGUGAUGACUAA